AUGGAAGGAGAGACGGUACCCGAGGCCAGGAGAGCAGCCAGCAAAGCCACGCGGAUCACCCUCGGCGUCUUUGUGAGUGGCACCGUUGUGCUCGGCACCGUGCUGUUCUUGGUUAGCCAAGGUCUUAUAAAGUUUCAUCUGAAGCAACAGUACUGUUUGACCUCAGAAUGCAUUGAAGCUGCUGCUGGCAUCCUAAGCAAGAUAAAUCAAUCCGUAGAUCCAUGUGAGAACUUUUAUCGAUUUGCAUGUGAUGGCUGGGUAUAUAAUCACCCUAUUCCUGAAGACAUGUCAAACUAUGGUGUUUAUCCUUGGCUGCGACACAAUGUGGACCUCAAACUAAAGGCUUUGCUUGAGAAACCCAUCAGCAAAAGACGAGACAGUGAAGCUGUACAGAAGGCCAAGACCCUUUACACAUCCUGCAUGAAUGAGAAUAAAAUUGAAAAAGCCGACGUGAAACCCCUGUUAAGUAUACUGAGGCACUCACCAUUCCGCUGGCCUGUGCUGGAAUCCAACAUUGGACCUGAAGGGCUGUGGUCAGAAAGGAAGUUUAGCUUAGUCCAAGCCUUGGCAACUCUUCGUGGUCAAUACAGUAACUCUGUCUUCAUCCGUUUAUAUGUGGCUGCUGAUGACAAAAUCUCCAAUCAGUAUAUCCUGAAGCUCGACCAAGCAAGCCUCUCUCUUGCAUCUCGUGAGGAUUACCUAGAAAACACUACAGAAGCCAAAUCUUACCGAGAUGCCUUUUUGCAGUUCAUGGUUGAUACAGCAGUGCUUCUGGGCGCAAAUGCUUCACGAGCUGAAUCUGAUAUGAAGUCGGUUCUAAGACUGGAAGUUAAAAUAGCUGAG